GGAUAUAUCGGACUGUUUAAAAUAGAUACUGAACUCUUGUUUUCAAUUCAAGCUGGUUCCAACAGAGAGUUGAAUUAUGCUGCUGAAUUUGCAUUGGAGAAAUAGUUUUGCUGAUGCUAAUUUAUGUGCAGCUCAAGUGUUUUUGAAUCUGAAGAGGGUGUGUAUACCCAUGUCCUAAAGGCGAAACAGAAGGAUAAUUGGUGAGUGUUCAGCAUACGAAGGGAAGUAUCACGGAUCAAAAUGGAGGGAGGCUCUGGACAUCACUUUUUGAAUGGAGAUCACGCUGAAAGGCCUGAAUCCAUGGAGUCACCCCUUGCUGAGCCUGACCUGCACCGGAUGUACCUGUCCUGCUUACCUGACCGUUACAUGAAGGCAAAAAUGAGCCUGGCAGCCUACCUCAUUGAUUGGGCCAUUGCACUUCUUUGCAAGCGAGCACUGGAUAGAAACUCACUUGUCCAGCAACAGGUCUCAGAAUCCAUAGAAAACCUUUCUGAUCCCUGUGAAUUUGAAGGGGAAGGCGGUUCAGAGGAAGGAUCUCCAGGACCAAGCCAAGUUUCUCCUGGUACGCCACGUGGAUCAAAUAAAAAUGUAAUAGAAACACCAACAAGUGAGAGAACAUUGGAACCUACUAGUAUAUCUUCGGAGAUAACUGUGACAGGUCCUGAGCUAAAAGUAGAAACAACUGAUGCUUGUACUGAUGACCUGGAAAGGCUAAUUGAUAUAUCUACUGAACCUCAGCUCUGCACUAGUUCCUCUGAUACAUUGCAACUGUGUGCAGCACAAGUAAGGACUUGUACAAUUUCCUUCUGUAGAGAUUCGGAUCCGCAGAGCACAUCCUCCAGUUCACAGGUGAGAAAUGCAGCUGCACGAGGAGCAAAAUUAGAGCUAAGUGACAUUUCAGAAGAGACCUCUGAAGUUAAGUUAAGCAGUUGUCCCACUGUAUGCCCUGAGCAAAGUAUUGCCCAUUCAGGAGCUAGUCAUGCUGCUGCUGACGCAGAACCUAAACUAGGUGAUCUUUCCUCAGAAACCGAAUUAGAGGCAAGCGAAUUCUCUCCUCUAUCAGAACCACAGAGAACUGAACUCUCGAAUGAACUUAAUUUGGAAAAAUGCAGGUUUUCUCUUGAAACAAAAACACAACAUAAUGUUGUAUCUUCUAGUUCAGAAACAGCAUUAAGUGUUGCUUUUAAUGCACACACCAGCAUCGAUUAUCCUGAGUUGGAAUGGGACUCCAAUAAGAAUUCUCUGCCUACACAAGAACAGAUUGCGAUUCCCCCUGAAACAAAAGCAUUGCUAACUGGGGUUUCUUUGGACAUUGGUGUACAGCCAAGUGUGCUUUUGUCAGAAACAACGGAGCCAACAAGGAUUUCCUCAUAUAAACAAUCUGAACCUGCUGCAAUUUGUCUUGGGAUACAUCAUACAUCCAAUGGAAUUAAACCAGAUCCAAGUAUAAUCUCCUUGACAGAACCAGACUUGUCUUGCUUGAAUAAGGAACAGGUUUUAUGUGAAAUUUCUUCAGCGGUAAAUCAAGAUUCCACUGUAGUUUGUCCUGGAACAAAUAAGAUUCCUCCUGCAGAAUCCACAUCAAUCCGGACUCCACUAGAUGUGAACCAAUUCAGAAGUGAACUUCCACAAGAAGUAGGGUCGGAUCUCACUGAAGCUUCUUCAGGGACAAAUGAGGCUUUGGAUGGAAUUAUAUCAAAAUUAGAAACAUUAUGCACUUCUCAGGAUACAAACCAGAAUCCAAGUGAAACUUUCCCUGAAGUACUGUCAAAUCCUAUUGAAAGUGGUUGUGAAAGAAGUGAAGACUCUGCAGAAUCAAAAUCAAAUAGAUCUUCUCUGAGUGUAGGUCAAGGUCAAAGUCUAAUUCCCAACCAAAGAAAACCAGAUUCCACUAGGACUGUUCUAGGAUCAAGUGAAAAUUGCUGUGGUUUUGAAUCUGAUCCAAUCUGGCCUUCUGUGCAAACGAAUCAAGAUAUAAGUGAAAUUCUUCUUGAUAAUGAAUCACAUGUCCCCACUGUUGAGACAAACAAAAUUUGUGGUGGAAUUAUAUCAGAAUCAAUCUGGGCUUUGUUCCAUACAGACCAGGAUUUAAGUGAGUUUCCUUCUGAAGUUGAAUCAGAUUCCACAAAAACAAAUCCUGAAACACAUAAGAUUUUAGCUGGUCUUAAAGCAGAGCCAGUCUGGACUUCUCUGGAUUCAGAGCAAGACUUAAGUGAAAUCCCAUUUGAAACCCAACCACAUCGCACAGAGGCAAAUGUGGUUUCUGCUAGCCUCAUUUUAGAUUCAGAAUCAGUCUGGGUUUCCCAGGAUACAGACCAAGAUCCAAGCGAAAUUCCUUUUGAAACAGAACCAGACUGCCCUGAGAUUUCACCUGGCAGAACAUCUGAAAUAAGUAAAGCCUCAGCCUUGAUAAAUUCAGAGGAAAAUAGUCUGUCUGAUUUAGAUGGUAGUUGUCCAAAGAUAGAAACAAGUGGCACUGCUCAUGAAUUUAAAUCAGAAACAGCUUUGGCUCUAAUUUGCCCAGUGCGUGAAUUAGAGCCUUUUGAGGUUUGUGUUGUGAAUCAACAAGACAUCAAUGGAACAAAUACUGUAGCAGAACUGAACACUAGUCAAGAAACCUCUCACCAACUGGGAUUUGUUGUUGAAAGCCAAUUAGAGCAGCCUGUGGUUUCUCGGGAGUCAGAAGGAUAUACAGAUAUAAGCGAAAUCCCUGAAGCUGAGACAAGCAGUAUACAUGAAGCGUAUCAAGACCCAAGUGAAAUUUCUGCAGGUGUAAAAUUGGACAUAAGUGAGCCUAUUGCUGAAGGAAGGUCAGCUCAUUGUAAUUCACUUGAACUGCAAUCUGGAGAAAUUACUCAGGAAACCCUUUCAUCUUGGCCAGAGACUGAGCAAAUUUCUUACGAAGAAUGUAUACACAUCACUGGAGUCGAGCUGGAAUCAACAUGUUCUCCUAUUGAAAUUGGUUUUGAAAGGACUGGAGUAGUCUUCCUUGAGACAGGGUCUAGGACUGGUGAAGAAACAGCAGUGGCAACACAAAGAACAAGUGCUAAUUCCACAGAAAGACAUGGGGAAGAUUGUGAAGAAGGUGAAGUGAAACUUACUCAGAUUUUCUCACAAACUCAAACAGAACCACAUGAACAUAUUAUUGAGGGAAAGCAUGGGGAAAUCCUUGACUCACCAUCACCAGGAAGAGAGCAACAAGAGAAUUUUGGCAGAGACUUUGUGACAUAUCUGUCAAAUCAGGGGAAUACUGAAACACUAGAUUUGGGGGACAGCUGUUCACACACUGACCCAGACGCUAGAAAUAUAGAAACACAUAAGAUUGACGUUCAGAAGGACAGAAGAACAAGUACAGCUUCAGCUAAUGCAAGAGCGGAUUCAGACAGCCCUCAUGAGAUUUUUGUUGAAAAGACUAUAGAAACAAAUGAAAUUUAUCCUAUAGAAACGAGUGUCAGAGGGGAAAGCGCUAUUGAACUCACUGGCCAGGAAAGUGCAUAUGCACUUGAGCUGAUUAAGCAAUCUAUUAAGCACUGCAGUGCAGCAGACCCAGAAACAGAUAAAUUGUAUUCAGUAUUUGAAGCAACCACAGAACAAAACUUAAGGAUAAGUAAUGUCUCUGGUGAAGAACAAACAGGAGUAUGUGAUAUUCCUGCUCAAACUAGCAUAGAACCAGGUGAGACAUGUCUUGCUUCAAAGUCUGAACCAAGAAACAUUUAUGUUGAAGGAUUGUCAAUAUCACAUACUCCUAACCCCCUAGAACUGACUAGCACAACUGAAAUAAUUAAAAAGGAGAUAACUGAUGCUGAGUUGGAGCAAACAAUUUGUGUUGUUGAGGAAGGGUCCAGGACCAGUAGUGUAGCUCCAGAAAACAGUUUGGAAAACGAUCCAAUUUGUAUUCACGAUACUGACUCAAGGGCAACUGAUUUUCUGUUAGAAGCAAAAUUAGAAGACACUGCAAACACAGAUCUGCACGGAAAAUAUAUAGGCAUACCUGCAGAGGUAGGCACUCUGCAAACUGAAAGUGCCAACAGUAUGAAUUAUGACAAAAUACUAGAUGAACAUCGAGCCAAUUGUGAAAAUGGCAGCCAAGAGACAAUUAAAUUAGAUGGUGAAUCCAGUGAUAUUUCACCAGUUGUUUAUGACACUGAUGGUAACAGUACAACUAGUGAGGAACUAGAGGAAAAGACUUACCCAUUUGGAAGUAACAGUAGCUUACAAAAAGCACUGCAGAGACAGACAAACACUAAAGGAGAAGAUCGGUUUGGAUCAUUGUCCUCCUUAAACUCCUUCACCACUUCCUUAAAAAACUCGAAAUUUUCAGUUUUCACCAAAAUGGCAUCAUUUAGGAGAAACAAAUCCUGGACACAAGAACACCAAACUGAAAGUACCAGCAAAGAUGGAAACAAGAGGCAACAGGUGAGAGAUGCGGAAGAGAAUAAAACACAAACCAAGAGCAAUGCAAAUUGUGUUCCAGUGUAUAGAAUGCAUUACCCAGGCUAUAGAAUUCAUCUGCCUCAUCAGGCCAGGGAUAGGGUUAAGAGUGAAAAUCCAACUUUAGAUGGUUCGGAUGAAGAUGAUGAUGUUUUUGAAAGUUGCAGCCAAUUGAACCAAAGUGUGAAUAGGGCAUUUGGCUCUGAUGGACUACGUGAUAUAGGAGGUAUGGAACAGGUUCAGAGAGUGGCAGAAAAUGGUCAUCAUUUCCAUAGCAGGAGCACAGACUCUAUGGAGGGAGAAGACAUUAACACAGAGGAUCAAAACAUCAAAAUACCACCUGCAACAGAUAGCAGUUGUAAAAAGAGCAGAAGUGCCGACAGCCUUAACCUUAGAAUGAAACGGGCUUUUGCUAAUAAAUCACUCUCCAGUUUCUUUGAAACAAAAUCUGGAGAAAAAGAAAAUGCCAAUCAGAACUCAAAAUCUCACAAGAAAGUUGACGGUGAUGAUGGCAAGCCCAGGCACAUGUCCUGGAAAAAGUUCAUGAGACUGAGUGAGUCAGAGUCCACAAAGGGAUCCAACCCAUCAAGCACUUCAAGUACAAGCAGCGGGGAGAGCCAGCUCGUACGGACACAGUCUCAGGUGCACAGUGAAUAUGCAAGGCGGAUCUCAAUGGAUCAGGUCGACAGCGCCCACCUUUUAGCAUCCUCUUCAUCUCCACCUGCUCGGAGGUCAAGCAAAGCUCAGCUUUCCAGUUCUCUUGACUCUGAUUAUGUUCCAAAACAAGUCGAGCAAAGAGGAAAAAGAACAUCUCCAAAUGGAUUAAGACUUACAUUGAUGUCCAACAAUAACCUGGAAACUGAAGAUGGUUUCAAAACGACACCAAGCCAAUCCAUCCCACAAACCUUAAUGAAUCAGUUAAGCCCAACUUGGAAUAGGCCUGGUGUGAUUUCAGAGUGCUUUGAUGGUCCUUUCCCUGCAAGGCCUAUGAGUCCUAAACCUCAAAGUCCAAGGUCAAGUUUUCGAAGGAGUUUUCGCUCCAGCAACAGAGGUAGCACUUCAUCGUGGACUUCCUUGGACUCUAGCAGGACAACAGAUGGUGUGUUGGAAAGCCCUGAAAGGCCGACAACAUUGAAACCAAGAGGAAGUCUUCUUCUUUCAGUGCAGUCCCUGAAUUAUGAAUGUCAGAAAGAGGACAGUGGAAUUAGCAGUCAAUCACAGACAAGUCUAAAUACGGCAUCCUCAGUCAUUGACAUUGCCAAAGAUGAGGAAGUAAGUAAGCAUCCAACUCAAACAGCACAGGAGGUGACCCCAACUGCUUCAGCGGUCCUGAGAAGCCACCAACAGAACCAUCUGCGGCAGCGCCCGUUCUCAGACAGUGGGCAGAUGGCCUGGUUACUUGGUCGCACUGAACAUGAAGUGAAAUGUAAACUAGACAGUGAGGAUGACACGGAAGAGUUAUGUUUGCCACCUUACAAACGAUGCAGCUCAGACGAAUUGUUGCUGGAAGAAGCAAGGAAGAGGCGGAGAAAGUUGAUUGCAGACCUAGAGAAUAGCAGAACGAGGCAUGGCAGGACCAACACUGAGGUUUGCAAUGAAGUUGGAAUGAGAUUUUCCUAUCUGUCACCUCUCUCUGCUACCUUCAAAGACAUUCCCCUGAGAUUUCUUACUUUAUCCCAGAGCACACCAACAGGACUGGACUGUAUAGGGUAUAAACGUUGGAUGGCAACUUCUGUCAUCAAUGAUGGUGCACUGGACAAGAGUGCUUUUGCUGAUGAAGCUGGAAGUGAGGAGGAUUUGUAUGAGGACUAUCGGAGUGGAAAUCACCGAUAUGGGCACCAAGGAGGAGGCGGAGAGCAGCUGGCCAUCAAUGAGCUCAUCAGCGAUGGCAGUGUGGUCUAUGCAGAGGCCCUCUGGGACCACAUCACCAUGGAUGACCAGGAGCUGGGCUUCAAAGCUGGCGAUGUCAUUGAAGUAGUGGAUGCUACCAACAAAGAGUGGUGGUGGGGGAGGAUUGCGGACAGUGAAGGCUGGUUCCCUGCCAGCUUUGUGCGGUUGUGGGUCAACCAGGAUGAACCCAUGGAAGAAUAUCCAGUCAAGGUUGAAGACGGGAAACCUGACGAUCCCAACAGUACUAACCGCUGCAUGGCCACAGGCCAGUCAAAGAAAGACCAAAUGAGGACAAACGUCAUCAGUGAGAUCAUGAGCACUGAGAAUGAUUACAUCAAACACUUAAAGGAUAUCUGUGAGGGUUACGUUAAGCAAUGCCGAAAAAGGACGGACAUGUUCACAGAAGAACAGUUACGCACUAUUUUUGGGAACAUUGAAGACAUCUACAAAUUUCAGAAAAAGUUCCUUAAAGGCUUGGAAAAGAAAUUCAAUAAAGACGAACCCCAUCUGAGCGAGAUUGGUUCCUGCUUUCUUGAAUUUCAGACAGAUUUCCAGAUAUACUCGGAAUACUGCAACAACCAUCCCAAUGCUUAUGCAGAGCUUUCCAAACUCAUGAAGAUCAACAAAUACGUUUACUUCUUUGAAGCUUGUCGACUGCUCCAGAAGAUGAUUGACAUCUCUCUGGAUGGGUUUCUGCUCACACCGGUGCAGAAGAUUUGUAAAUAUCCUCUUCAACUGGCAGAGUUGCUCAAGUAUACCAACCCUGAGCACAGGGAUUACAAUGAUGUUGAGGCUGCACUAAAUGCCAUGAAGAAUGUGGCCAAGCUGAUCAAUGAGCGCAAGAGGCGGCUGGAGAACCUGGACAAAAUUGCUCAAUGGCAGAGUUCAAUUGAAAAUUGGGAGGGUGAGGAUGUUUUGGCACGAAGCUCAGAGCUUAUCCAUUCGGGUGAAUUGACAAAGAUUUCGCAGCCACAGGCCAAGAGUAAACAGCGAAUCUUUUUCCUCUUUGACCAUCAGGUGGUCUUUUGCAAAAAGGACCUUCUACGUCGUGACAUCCUGUACUAUAAAAGCAGGAUCGAUACGGACAGCAUGGAAGUGGUGGAUGUAGAAGAUGGGAAGGACAAAGACUUUAACAUCAGUGUAAAGAAUGCUUUCAAACUCCAAAACAAAUUCACAAAUGAGAUCCAUCUAUUCUGUGCGAAGAAGUCCUCAGUGAAACAACGGUGGCUUCAGGCCUUUGAAAAUGAAAGAAAACAGGUCCAACUGGACAAGGAGACAGGCUUUGCUAUCACCGAAGUUCAAAAGAAGCAGGCCAUGCUGAAUGCAAGGAAAUCACAUCCAACUGGAAAGCCAAAAGCUGUAACAAGGCCUUACUAUGACUUUCUGACAUUGCGGCAGAAACAUCCGAUGCUGCCUUCAACCAUUCCCCAGCAGCAGGUGUACAUGUUGGCCGAGCCCAAGCGCAAACCAUCCAACUUCUGGCAGAACAUCGGGAGACUGACGCCAUUCAAGAAGUGAAAGAACAGCUUUGUGAAGAUGACUUAAGGCCUUUCCAAGGGAGCACUUUAGCAACCAGUUGCAAUCAGAAUGAAUGAAUGCUCUGUGCGUGUUCGGGUGUGUAUAUAAAUGCCAACGCAGGCUAUACUCCUAAAUGUUGGCAACCUCCUCACUGGGAAAAGAUGGCAUUUCCAUCAUCCAGUGACUUUUCUGGUCAGACAACUUUAUGAUAAUCUGACCAUCAACAGUGCCAGUUAAAGAGCUGCCUAAGUGUAUGUUUACGUCGGCAACAACAGUCAAGCUCAACAUUCUCUGAAUUCCACAACACAAGGUUUUUCCUUUCUAUUUUAAAUCGGAAGAAUCAUAAACUUUUGAAGAGGGAAGCUGCAUCUUUACAAAGGAUAUAGAUUUCUAUUGAGCAGUUUGCUGUAUUUGUAAAGGUAUGCAAGCAUUAAGCAACAGCAGAACUGUACUGUGAACAAACAACUUUCCACAGACCUCCAUUGCUGCAUUUUAGCCUUCCUCCGUGCUUUCACUGGAAUGAAACACUGUGUGUGCCUACGUGCAAGGGAUGCAAAUUAUUAUUUAAAACACUUGGUGAAUUUGAACCGAGUUAUUUUGAAAUCUUUUUGCCAAUUAUUUUUAGUGAGGGCAAUGCCAGUCUAAUUGUGCAAGAAUGAAUUAUUUCGAGCUCCUGGAUUGUAAACAGUGCUGCCUGUUGCUGAGCUCCUGUCGGAGUUUGUGCCAGUAAUGAGAAAUAGAGGCAGCAGCUACAAUGAAACUAUAGGUCUACAAUCAAUGUUUUCACCUCUGGUGCCCGGAGUUUAACCCAACGUAAGCAGAUGGGAAAAAGAGUUUUGUUCUUCAUGCAUUCAUGGGAUCUUAAAUAAAACUAGGUCGCGUCGUGAGGUCGACGCUGCACUCACAGUUGGCAUGGAAAUAAUAGUGAAUAGUCACAUCCUCAAGUCUUUACAGUAUUACCUUAAUAGCAAGAUAGAAAAAGGUUAAAUUCAAUCAGUGUAUAGGAGGAAAGAGUGACACGCCAAGUUAUCAUGUCCUAAUGUUUAUAAAUGAGUUGUGUAAAUAUUAACAAAAUGAUUUAUUUAUGUAUAUUGAAUUCAUUGUACUUGUACUUACUGUUUGGCUUCUCCACAUCCUUUCCAGUACAAAUGCCUUAUUAAGGAAUGCACUUACCCAGUUGCUUAUUUCUUCCUGUCCUGUCCCCUCCCCCAGUGUAGAAGUGAUUUUACUUCAAAAUUUCUUUGACGGGGAAAUUUAAAAAGGUCCUUUUGUGAAAACUAAUGAUUAUAGUUGUUUGUUUUAAUGCAGACUGGAUCAGAUGCUGCUUUUCCAGUUUUACAACCCACCUGCUCCCUAGAUUUCAAGACAAUUUUACAAAAAGGAAACUAAUAAUUUGCAGGACAAGUUAUCAAUUCAGACUGUAUAUAUGAAGAACAAACAUACAUGGUGGAACAUAAUUGGGUAUGUUGAGCAAUUGGUCACCAUCCCAAACUGAGAUGAUACCUGGGCUUUCAGUGAACCUGUAUGUAAGCCAGCAUUAAAAAACAAGAAGAUUAACACAAAAAUCUACGCUUGCUCCUAUUAUUUUCCAUUAGUUCUUGCCAGCCCAGCAAAGUAAUUGUUAAGCUAUGAUGAAAGGAAUACAUGGUUAGAAAUCAGUACAAUAGAUGUAGUGCCACAAAAAAAAUUAUCGAAGCAGAUUCUAUUUAAAGGGAGGAAAAAUUAAAUGAAAUAAUUACCCACAUAAUUAACCUCCCUUCUUUCAGUAGGAAAAUAACAUAUUGCACCUCCACCCUCCUGAUUAAAAGUUUUAUGGUUAAGUCACUCUUAUUCCCUUUCUGCGUAGUUGCUUUGAUUAGCAAUACAAGUAAUGGGCUCAGCAAUUUUAUAAUAGACAGAAGCUGUGGAAUCUUGAGGGAAAAACUAAAUCAUUAGAGAAAUAGCCCUUAUCAGUCCUUGACCUGAAACAGUAGCUUGGUUUCUGUGCUCACAGAUGCUAUUGGACCUGCUGAACAUCUUCAACAUUUUCUAUUUUUCUAUUUUUAUUUCUGAUUUCAAGCCUGCCCAAAUUUUUACUUUUCCCCAGAUCGUGCCAUUUACAGGCCCUCUCAUUUACACAUGAGGUCAAUCACCUGUAAACAAGUCACUGUAUAUUCCUUUCUCCUCCUUUAAAAGUUACUUACUCAUCAAUCUUUCUCUGCACUAAGUAGUUUUCAUAUUCCCAGUUACAUUUUUCAUAUACAUCUCAAAUUUCUGUAAUGUCUUGGGUUUGUGUCCUGCCUGUCGACACAAUAGAAAUGAGGUACAAUUAUUUAACAGAGCACAAAACAGAGAAGGAAAGAAUAGAAAGUUCUUCUGUAACUAAUUCCUUGUUUUUUUUAAUUAUUAAAUGUAGGUAUGUAAAUAUCUUUAUUAUUCAAACUUUUUAUUUUAUGUCCUUUUGGAGGCUGAUCCCUGGUGAGUCUGUUUUGCUUUAAAGCUGCUCCAGUAAAGGAUCCACCAACUAAAAUAAAGGCACUUUAACAUGACCAAUAGAAACAUCUUGGACGACAGACAUACACUCCCAUAAGUGCUCCCCCCUCAAGUGAGCUGUCAGUUUGGAUUGUGUCCAGGAAUAUCCAAUCCCCGAGCUGCAGGAAAUGAUGUCUAUUUCUGACAAGGAAGAUCCAAUAGAGGUAUUCCAAUUUUUGCAAAGUUUUAGUAAUGUAAAUACAGGAAAAUAAUUUUCAGUACAAUAAAGUUCAUAUAAUAAUGAGCAUAAACUCAUUAUCACCAAAAAUAGCAAAGGAAAAAGUUAUGGCAAAGCUGCCUUAUUAGGACAUGGAUUCAGGGAAUUUCAUCCCUGGUUACUAGCAUAAUACAACCGUGGCAGAGCAAUGUACUCUUACCUAUGGAAUGAAUUUCACUGGUGGAGUACAAUAUGUGAAGCCUAUCAUUCAGCACAUUUAGCAGCCAGGAAUGAAAUUCUAGAUGUUAAUGUCUUUUUAGAAGCAGUAUUGAAAGCAGAAAUAAUCAUUGUUUUUGAAAGGGAAGCGAAUAAAUAUUUGAAAGAGGUGGAAGAAAAGAAAGGAGCCAAAGUGAAGAGCUUUAUCAGGGCACCAGAACAGACAUUGUGGGCUUAUGAUACCUCGUCUGACCUGCAGUGAUUCCAGGAGGGGUUGAAACAACAUCAGUGUUACUUGAGUGUGAGGAGGAACUACAAAUACAAAAUAUUGGUCCCAAGUAAAAGGAAAGGAAGUUACAGCUACAUCCACAAUGUUAAAGUUUGGAAGGAGGAAGAAUGAUAUAUCCCAUUCCUCAUUUAAUUUAUUCUUGCUUGUAGUCAUUCAGUUUUGUAAACUAACAAUUCAACAGUUCUGCAUUUUUUUCAUUCAGUUUAGUUCGUUCCACUCAGUUACUUUCAUUGCUGCUUCUGCAGUCUGACAGUUGUAGUGGUCACCACUCAGCUUUUAGCCAGUUAAUCUAGUUUAAGGUCAAACCACUUGAUGAAUGACCAACAGAAGUUUUCACUUCACCAUCCAGACUUGAAAUAGGACAUGCAGAUCAGAUGCCUCUAUUGAAUUUUCAUUGACUUGAAGGAAAUAAAAUUGGGCAUAUUGAGAACCAAGUAGCAACUUGUAAAUGUUCUAAAACUACACAACAAAAGUCUAAUUUUGUUUUGGAACCUUGAGAAAUCCUUCAACCAUGGCCAAAGUAAACAUAGAAAUUGUUCUUGUGUUCACAGUUUAAUAUCUCCAUUGAAGAACCCAAAUACAGAUUGAGUGACCAAUCUAUAGAACACCUCCAUUAAGUUCACAAAGCUUGAGCUUCCAGUUACCUGUCACUUUAACUCUCUGAUCACUCGCACUCUGAUCCUUCUGCCUUAGGCUUCCUAUAGUGUGCCAGCAAAGCUCAAUGUGAGCUCAAGGAAAGGCACCUUAUUUUCUCUCUUGAUGCUUUAUAACCUUCCCAACUCAAUAUCGAAUUCAACAGUAUCAUACAAUCAGCCACUCCAAUCUUCUACAUGUGUUUUCAGUAUGAGUUUGUUUUUUUUAUUGUCUCUCGUCCUCAGGUAGUUUUGGAUUUGUCUCCUAUGUACACCUGUAGAUAUCGCUAUUGAAAUUCAGACUCAGUGACAAUGAAGGAAGAGUGAUUUAUUCCUGAAGAGUGGCAAGGAGGAAUACCUGUGGCUGGUGGUACUCACAUGCACCUUUUGCCCUUGCCUUUCUUGGUGACAGGGAUGUGAGUUUGGGAGGUGCUGUUGGGAUACCCGGGGGGGAGUAACCACAGUGGAUUUUGUAGAUGGUACACACUACAGCCACUGGACACUGAUGGGAAUGAGGUUUAUGGGUGAUGGAUGAGGUAGCAAUUACACAGACUGUUUUGUCCUGAGUGAUGUUGAGCUUCUUGAGUUUUGUUGGAACUGUACUCAUCCACAUAAAUGAAGACUUUUCAUCAUACUCCUAUCUUGUGCCUUGUAGAUGAUGGGAAGGGUUCAGGGUGCCAGGAGAUGAGUCACUCACCACAGGAUACCCAGUCUCUGACCUACUUCUGUGGCACAGAACUUCUGUGGUUGCCCUAUUCAGUUUCUAGUCAAUGGUGAUCCCCAGGAUAUUGAUGGUGAGGAGCUCAGUGAUGAUAAUGCCAUUUUUGAAUGUUGGCAGGUUGUUAGAGUCUCUCUUGUUGGAGAUGGUUAUUGCCUGGCAUAUUUGAGGCUCAAACAUUGCUUACCACUGAUCAGCCCAUGCCUGAAUGCUUUCUGUCGUGCUGCAUGCAAGCAUGGACUGCCUCAUUUGCUGAGGAGUUGCAAAUGAAACUGAACAUUGCACAAUCAUCUGUAAACAUCCGCACUUUUGACAUUAUGACUUUGGAAGGUCAUUGAUGAAGCAGCUGAAAAUGGUUAGGCCUACGACACUACUCUGAGAGACACCCGCAGUGAUGUCCUGGGGCUGGAAUAAUUGACCUCCAACAAUAACAACCAUCUUCCCCUUAUUUUACUCUAAACACUGCAGUGUUUUCCAAUCAAUGCUCUUUUCUAAGUUUUCUCAGGGCACCUUGAUGCCCACUCAGUCAACUCAGGUUUGGAAUUCAGUUCAGUUAUCCAUGUUUGGGUGAAGGCCGUGAUGAGAUCAGGAGACCUAACCCAAAGAGGGUAUCAGGGAACAGGCUAUUAUUGAAUAAAUGUCACUUGAUAGCACUAUUAAUGAUGCCUUCCAUCACUUUGCUCAUGAUUGAGAUAAGAAAGAUUGUAUGGUAAUUAGCUGAACUGAACUUGUCCAUUUGUAAACAAGAUAUAACUCAGAAAUGUUCACAUUAUUGGGCAGAUUCCAGUGAUGUGCCUGUACUGGAGUAGCUUGGCUAGAGGUGUGGCUAUUUCGAAUGCAUGUCACUAAGAAUUGUGAUGAGAUAACAGUAUAAAAAAAAUCAUUGAAGUGCUGAUGCAUUUCACAUUAUUGCACAAAGCUCAGUCCAAUUAUUUUUCAGUAACAUUUGGAGGGAUAGUCCUCUAACUGGAUGAGAGAUGAGAUGUGAAUCUGCUUGCAGGCCAUAAAGUGACUGAGUAUUUUCUAAAGUAGCAUCAUUCAGCAUUGAAAGAGCACUAUCAAUGGGGCAUGUUUUCUCAGUCAAGGAUGGUGUGAGGUGUUGUUAUUUAGAUAAAAGCCAUUCAGAUAUUUAGCCAAACUGAAUUUAAUCAAAGAUUUGAUAUUUAGAUUGUUUGACUACAAUUUAUUGUACAGCACUAACUGCAAUGUGGGAUUUUAAAUCUAGCGAGAUUUCAUUGUCUGUUACAAAAUAAUGUGCCUAGAAAUUCCAGUGUACCCUGAAGGGUAAGCUGAAAUGGUGUAGAUGCAGUGAGGCAAGGUCUGCUUGUCACACUGUAUUAAAGUUCAGUUGCAAUGAGGCUUUCAGAGGAAGCUCAUGUUUUGAUUCAAUAUUGUGUCAGCUGUCCGAGGGAAAUCAGCUGAUCGGUGGGGAGACUGAGGGGUGUUUUGACCAGAGGUGGGGGAUGCCAGUGGUGAUUCAGGGCAGUGGGAUGACCUGAUGAUUCAUGGAGGACUUUCACUUACCUUCAGGCCUCCCAGGUCAGCUGCAAAGGAUUGAGCUCCCCCCCAUCUCCCCCCAGACAACACUGUAUAAGUCCCCUGCAGUGGCCCAAAAGAGGUUUAGGCAGGGAAUAACAUCAUUCCUCCGAUCUGCUCUGAUGUGGAAAUCGCACCAGGCUUGUAAUGAUGACUUGUAACAGGAAGUGGCCGGCCAUGUUUUUUUGAUUGGUUGUUUCAACCAGAAGUACUUGCAAUUUAUUCUGGGUUAAAAUGAUUCUCAGCAAAACAAUUCUAAAAAAGUGUUAUCUGAUCCAAUUUCUAGGCAGCAGAAUCUUGACAUAAUGUUUGUUACAAACAGAUUCCGAGUUCCUCAACAUAUCCAGUUCCUUACUGCUGAUUUCCCAAAUAUUUCUGGUGAUGAGCUUUCUGCCACUACUUGUUAUCCUUUGUGAUUUAUGGCAGUAACGUCCAGACUGAUUUUGUUACUUUAAAUACAGGAUUAAACCACUGAAUUUGACAAUAAAACUGAAGAUGCGUUUGAACUAGCUUUAUUCAAUGUGCUUUAAGGUGAAACAGCCAACUUAAAGUGGUUGACUUCAGAUCACUUUAGGACUUCCUAUAGUUUGUAUGCGACUUGUGAAAGAGCCCACCAUCAUUAAAGCACUGCUUCUGACGUACAGCAUUUGGCAGCUUAGGUGUUAAACCAGAUCUUGACAUGCCUUGGUAACAAUCAAGCAGCACCAUGUUGUUUUUAUCUGUGGUAUGUGUUUAUAUGUUUUGUAAAUUCAUGAAAAAUUGAGGGAGUCAAGCUUCCUAUUGGGCCUUUAUUUGUGAGCAGCAGGAGUUGGUGAUCGCCUGUCGAAGACAGAAGAUAUGAUUAAAUGUUCAUACAUAUGGAGGAACUGCCUAUUAUUUUUGUCUGUGGCUUUGGAAUAACUAUCAGCACUACAAUGUUUUAACAGUAUUUUUAAAAUCUGUGGCGUAGCUUUCAAAUUACUACAGUACUAAUAUAUUCAGCCCAUUCACUGUCCCCAAGAUAAGUUGUCAUUUUUUGUACAUACAACCCUCAUGGUUUGUCAACCAAUUUUGUAGCUCUUAUGUUCCUGGAGAAAUUAAGUUUAUGGACUCAAUUUUUGUUUCUUUGAUGUGUGCUAAAAGCUUGUGAUAUGCAAGUAGAAUUUACUGAAAAUUACAUGACAGUGUUUGUAAAAAUUUUCUCUUUGUACGUGGAUGGUUGUUUACAUAAACACUUCAAGCACGAUAUGGGGAAUAAAAUGUUUUCAUUGUGCCAAAAAAACUGCUUGAUAUUUAAAGCCUGUGUUUUAUACAGUCCUGUGUUAUACUGAGUAUCAUUUCAAAGUGGCCGAGAAAUUGUCUCUGGAACUCAAAGUAUUUACAUUCACUAUGUUUUUUUGUGAGAACUUCAUUGGAUGGAAAGAACCUCAAAGCAACAAAUGCUGGAACUGUGUGGCAAGUCAGUCAACACAUGAAUCAGAACUGAAGGGUAAUGUUUCAGAAAUGAUGAUUAUUUCCUCCCUCUUGAUGUUAAUGAAUUCAUAUAAGUAAACACUACUAAUUAUUACUCACAAUUAUAUUGGAGAAAUUCAGUUGUGUUAUUUUAAGUGAAAUCUCAAACCCUUAUAAGACCAGAAGACCGGUUUCUUGUCUUACAGAAAAAUCUCAUCAUUCACAAAUAUUUCCCCUUGGGUGUUAUAUUUUUGCAUUUUGAAUGCUCCAAGCAAUUAUUUGCCCUUUG